GCGACGUAGACCAUGGGGAAUGGCGCACGCUGGAGUGACAACGAGAUCCACGCGUUUGGCCAGGCCCACUCAUUCACCCUUCUAGCAGGCUGCAGAAAGAGUCGUGUAAGGGGCAAAUCAAAUCAAAAAUCCACAGGAUUUUUUUUUUCGCUCGCAAAUGCCGCUCCCGACCUCGCUCGCCCGCUGAUAUCUUGCAUCGUCCAAAAAGGCCGACUCCCUCGACAAACGCAGUCUCUUCGAGCACCCCGUCCCUCUGCUGUUCCUGUCCUCUCCUGACCUUCAACCCCCCAACCAGAGAAAAACAGCAGCAGCCAUGGGUCUACUCACGCUGGUCGAGGACCGGCCCACGCCACCCUCGGUCUACAACUGGCGGGUGUACGUCCUCGCCGUCAUCGCAUCGUGCGGCUCCAACAUGAUCGGCUACACGAGCGCCUUCAUCGGCACGACGGUGACGCUCGCGUCCUUCAAGGCCGAGUUCGGGCUGGACGUCAUGACGGCCAAGGAGAGGAGCCUCAUCAGCGAGAACAUCGUCUCGCUCUUCAUCGCCGGCGCCUUCUUCGGCGCCCUCCUGACCUACGUCCUCAGCCACUGGGUCGGGCGCAAGUACUGCCUGGCCAUCGCGUCCGCCACGUUCGCGCUAGGAUCGGGCCUGCAGUGCGGCGCGAACUCGUCCCGCGGGCUGGGCAUCUUGUAUGCGGGCCGGGUCUUGUCAGGGCUGGGCACUGGCGUCGCCUCAAACAUUAUCCCGAUCUACCUAUCGGAACUGGCGCCGCCCGCUAUCCGAGGCCGGCUCGUUGGCCUGUACGAGCUUGGCUGGCAGAUCGGUGGCUUGAUCGGCUUCUGGAUAAACUAUGGCAUUGAGCAACACAUGAAGCCGAGCCGCACGCAAUGGAUGAUCCCAUUCGCAGUCCAGUUGAUCCCCUCGGGCCUCCUCUUCAUCGGCUCCCUGUGGAUCCGCGAGUCGCCUCGGUGGCUGUUCUUCCACAACCGCCCCAAGCAGGCCAUGGAGAACCUCUGCUGGAUCCGCCAGCUCGACGCCGGCGAGAUGUACAUCAUAGAGGAGGUCGCCGGCAUCGACGCCGCCGUCGAGUCGCAGAGAACCGUCGUCGGCGUCGGCCUGUGGCAGCCGUUCAAGGCCAUCAGCAAGGAUCGUAGCAUGCAGUGGCGGCUGUUUUUGGGAUGCAUGCUGUUCUUCUGGCAGAAUGGCAGCGGUAUCAAUGCCAUCAACUACUACUCACCCACUAUUUUCAGGAGCCUUGGCAUCGAGUCCACCACGGUGAACCUGAUGACCGGAAUUUUCGGUGUCAUCAAGGCCAUCAUGACAUUUUUCUGGCUGCUCUUCCUGAUCGACCAGCUCGGGCGGAGGAAGCUCCUGCUCCUCGGCGCCAUCUGCGGCUCCAUCUGCAUGUGGGUCAUAGGCGCCUACAUCUGCGUCGCGAAGCCCACCGAGAACCCCAGCGACCACCUCACCGGCGGCGGCAUCGCCGCCGUCGUCUUCUUCUACCUCUGGACCGCCGUCUACACCCCGACCUGGAACGGCACCCCAUGGGUCAUCAACUCGGAAUUCUUCGACCCCAACUUCCGCUCCAUCGCCCAGGCCUCCACCACCGCCAGCAACUGGCUGUUCAACUUCCUCGUGUCGCGCUUCACCGAGCAGAUGUUCGCCGCCAUGGGCUACGGCGUCUACUUCUUCUUCGCGACGCUGUCCUUCUUCGCCUUCUUCUACGCCUUCUUCCUCAUCCCCGAGACCACCGGCAUCCCGCUCGAGAAGAUGGAGCGCCUGUUCGAGAUCAAGCCGAUCUGGAAGGCGAACGAGACGCUCAAGGAGGAGCUGGCGCGGGAGGAGGAGCGGUUUCGCACGGACGUUAAGGGGCGGGUCAUCCACAAGGAGAACGGCAGUGGAGGGUCCGAGUCGGAGGAUAGCAGCCCAUGA